UGAAGACGCCUCAUCACCCCGACAGUGCUAUGCGCGGAAUGCAAGACAAGCACACUAGUCGUAGAUCAUACUUGAUGUGAUAGUCUUACCUUAAACAAGUCAACGGAAUAUCACUGCAAUGCCAAAAAAUGCGCCUCCGCACAGGACUGCAUUUGCACAACAACAAGCCGAUUGGUGUUGUGUGUUAGUGUGGGACGGCGCUAGGACCGUGAUGACGAUAGCUGCCCCGCAGCCUAGUGUGCAACCAACCAGAGCAAUGUGGAACCAGGAAUAGAAGAAGACAAUCGGGAAAAGGGGCCGACCUAUGGUUAAAAUACAUCCUCAGAACUUGCGAAUGGAUGCGCGUUUCUUGGGCUCACCGUGUGCGUUCUCAAGCCUAGCAAUAUCAGGUCUAUUUUGCCCCCCAAUUUGAGGAACUUGAGACCACUACCAUGAAGCAUCUUCCUGAAUCCCUGCUGAUCAAUCAAAAUUAUUAUAUAGAUUUUUCAUUAGAUUAGGUUAGACUGCCCUUUUUCAUCCCACAAUGGGGAAAUUCUGGAAUUAAUAAGGACCAAAGAGACAUCUAAUGCUGUUUCAUUAUCCAUUUACGAACAGUUUUUUCCAUCCAUCAUCCUGUGGUCAUGGCAGCACAGGACUGGACAUCAGGUUAUCCAUGCAAACUGUGCGACAUGGUUUGUCCAGAUAUGUCCAGUCUUCUUGAUCACAUUGAAAGCCACGAUCAAGAGGAUGAUCGCAAAUACAAAUGUGAUGAAUGUGGGCGCUGUUACCGACAUGCCAGUAGCCUUACCAACCACAAAAAGACUCAUGAUGUGGGCUCCUUUGAAUGUGACAUAUGCGGGAAAGAAAACUCCAAUGCCUCAGCUUUGAAAAGUCACAUGCGGAGCCACACGUCUCGGAAGAAGCACACCUGCUCACAGUGUGGAAAGGCUUUCCGACUGGCAUCCCAACUUGCCACACAUGAAAAGAUGCAUCUCACCAAGGAAGUAAGGUCCUAUCAGAAUGUAAACCUCGAGUCCCCUACCAUGGAAGAUGGCAGUCAUUAUGAGAAUGAGGAGUCAACCAGUGAUGUGACCGUAACAAAAAACAGCCCAGCUGUCAAGUCAGAGCUUGUUAAUACUCCACGGUCAGAGACGUCAGAUGAUGCUGGUGACCGUCCUUACAAGUGUGACUUGUGUGACAAAUCGUAUAUUCACCUGCGGAGCUUGGCAAAUCAUAAAAAGACUCAUCAGGUUGGAACGUUUGAGUGUGAGAUAUGUUUUAAAACAUUAAGUAACAUGGCUGCACUCUACAGCCACCAGAGGAGUCACAAGACUAGGAGCAGGGCAGAUCAACGUUCUCUGAAUGGCUCCUUCACUGGUCCAACCUGUGACCAGCUGUCCCCACCAAGCCCCGAGACAUCUGUUCAUUUCUGCCAUUUAUGCCAAGUAGUGUUGACCAAUGAGGAGGACUUCCAGGAACACAUUCAAAUACAUAAUUCUGCUGAACCUUGUGAAUUGGAGGAAACCAUGCCAGAUCCCCUUUCAUCUAUGGUGCCCUACAACCACAGUGUCUCCUCUCCUGACUCGGGUUCUUACACUCCACAUCUGACUAAUUCAAAUCCAUCAGAAGAGCUUCAACAUUUUGAUCUGCCACAAGAACAUACUGUAGUAAAUGGUCACCAUAAACCGCACUGUGACAACAGUGAAAGCCCUUCUUCUCAAGACAGUCAAGUAGAAGCUAAUUCUGUCGAUUCAAACAGGAACAAUCCUACGCAGAGUCAUGAUGAAACUCAAGGUGCCUCAGCAGGAGAUGAUGCCGACCGCCCUUUCAAAUGUCAAAUAUGCGGAAAGAGCUACAGACACUCUGGAAGCCUUAUCAACCACAAGAGGUCCCAUCAAACUGGGAUUUUCAACUGCCCCAUCUGCAGGAAGAGCUAUCCACACCUGGCCGCUCUCAAAGGUCACCUUCGGCUCCACAAAAGCCAGUCGCCUUAUUUUAGUGGUAGAACAGACUGGCUCUCCUCCGAACCUCUUACACAGGAACACCAUCAACAAAGUUUCUCAUCUCAAGUGGAUCUAAAGGUUGGGCUUGCUGAUGAAUGUGCGAGUCAAGAUGACAACUGUGAGGGAGAAAUGCACCAUGAGCAGUUUGGCCAGAGAUAUGCUGAGGGCCCUGCUGAGCAGCCACCUGAUGAUAAUCGGCAUGUGCAGAGGCACAUGUGUGCAGACUGCGGAGAGACGUUUGCAGAUAUUGCCGGUAUUAAGUCUCACCGUUGUCCUCUGAUGCAGCAGCAGGACUCCAACUGCAGUAAAUAUGAAGGAACCGUUGACUUCCAUCAAACCAAUGGUCACAGUGUUUAUGAAAAUCCACAGUUUGGCCAUCAGGAUGAUGUCGAUGAACAAAGUUACAUGCUUCAUGAUAAAAUGAGAAAGGAGCUUAUGAAUGAAAGUGAGGAUGAUGCAGAUCUUUAUCAUUGCUCUCUAUGUGGAAACAACUACACUAGCAUGAGGGCACUCAAGACCCAUUUAAGAGGUCACACACAGUCCCAGGAGAAUGCUGGAAGCUCCCAGCCUGUGUUGAUGGGCACCCAAGAGGAGAUGAAGGAAGACGCAGUUGGGGAGAUGAUGAUCUGCAGCACAUGUGGAGGGAGCUUUGACAACAGGCAGGACUUGAUGACUCAUCAGCAACAACACCACAGUCAGCAGGUUCAUAACAAGACCAGUGUAAAUGUUCACAGAAAACCAAGGAGGAAGAAGUCCCAGACAGUCAUCUGUGGCAGCUGUGGAAUCUUGUGCACCAGCCUGCAUCAACUCAAAAACCAUGGCUGCACACGCGCAGGAAUAAAUAAGUCUGUAGAUGUCAAACAAGAAGUCAGUGUGGAGGAUGUCGUCCAGCAUGAAGUCAUCAGACACAUGAACUACAAUGCUGAGACCGGAGACCGCCAGUACAAGUGCGACCAGUGUGGGCGCUCAUACAGACACGCUGGCUCGCUGCUCAAUCACAAGAAGUCUCAUAAAACUGGAAUAUACCGAUGCCUGGUCUGUCAGAAGCGGUUUUACAACCUGCUGGCCCUGAAGAACCACCAGAGGUCCCACUUCGAUGUGAAAAGGUACGCCUGCACUGAGUGUGGCAAAGCUUUCAAAAUUCAAAAGCAGCUUCUGAAUCACCAACGACGGCACAAGGAGAACCAAGCUAAAAUCCAAGAACUCAACAGCCACAUCCAAACAUUAAAGCAGAUGAAUCAAGGCAGUCCAGUGGGAGGAAUGUCCUCUGUCACUCAGCGCACCACUCAGACAGUUGCGACAAUGCAACGCUCUAUGCUGCAGGACAGCAAGGACAAAACCACAGUCAGAAUCAAAUCCGAGAAUGCAGAAGACCAGCGACCUUUUGCCUGCGACCAGUGUGGCCGGACGUACCGACAUGCCGGGAGUCUGGUCAACCACAAAAACUCCCAUAAAACUGGCGAAUAUUACUGCUCGAUUUGUAGCAACAGUUACUCCAACCAGUUAGCACUGAAGAACCACUUGCGCACGCAUCUUGCGUAUAAAAGACAUUCCUGCAUGAAAUGUGGCAAAUGUUUCAGGUUGAGGAAGCAGCUAGCGUCUCACGUCUGUAGAGACCCCAACACAGAUGGAGUCCCUCGUCGGAGCAGCCGAUCUCAAGGUCAUAGGUGCAAACGGUGCAAGCAGACAUUUGCUUCAGCAGAGCAGCUAUCUACUCACGUGUGCGACGACUCUAGUGCUAAUGCAAAUAAAGACGAGCGAAUCUUUACGUGCAACAUCUGCAACCGCAGCUACCGCCAUGCUGGCAGCCUCCUCAACCACAAGAACACCCACAAGACUGGACACUUUGGCUGCAGCUUCUGCGCCAAGAGUUUCACCAACCCCAUGGCCUUACGGAACCACAUCCGCACACACACGCAGAAGAAGAAGUAUGUGUGUCUUACCUGUGGAAAAGCCUUCCGCCUUGCCAGCAUCCUGCACAACCACCAGAAAAUCCAUGACCGCUCUGACGCCUACUUCAGCUGCUCCACAUGUGGGAAGAGCUUUCAGGGAAGGUCUGGUUUGAAGAGACAUAGGUGCCACAGAGGUCCAUUGGCCCUACACACAGAGAGUCCAAACAAGUGCUUCACGUGUGAUCUUUGUGGUCGCUCGUACCGCCACGCUGGCUCGCUCCUCAACCAUAAGAAGACGCACUCGGAGAACCUGCACCACUGCGCGCUGUGCCUGCAGACCUUUCCUGACGCCGUCACGCUUCAGAUCCACUCCCAGAUGCGCCGCCACUGCUGCCCAGAAUGUGGCAAAACCUUCUGCCUGCUGUCUCACAUGCAGAGCCACAUGGAGGGCCACUCCAAAGACCGCUCACUCGUCUGCAGCACCUGUGACCGAAGCUUUUCCAACGCCGGGAGCUACCAUCAGCACCUGGAGACGCACCAGCAUAACGCUGGCGACAAGGGCAUCUGGCCUUCAGGAGCGGCAGAUGAGGUUUCCAAGCAGGAGCCUCCGAUGUUGUCCCAUCUCAAUGGACAGCAGGACGGAGACGCCGCCGGCGCUGAGGAGAAGAGCCACGUCUGUGAGCACUGCGGCCGCACCUACCGACACGCCGGCUCCCUCCUCAACCAUAAGAACAGCCACAAGACCGGCUCCUUCUUCUGCUCCGUCUGCCAGAAGGAGUUCACCAACCUGAUGGCGCUGAAGAACCACCGCCGCAUUCACAUGGAGCCCAAGCGGUACCAGUGCUUGGACUGUGGAAAAGCUUUCCGCGUGUCCACACAGCUCAUUUGCCACAGGAGAAUCCACACAAAGGAGAAGCCCUUCGCCUGCCUGCUCUGUGACAAAAGCUUUUCCAGCAAGUCCAACCUGAGGCACCAUCAGAAGCUGCACCAGAACAGCCAGAACUACGACUCGUCCUUCAGCGUGGAUGCUAAUUCCUACAUGGACCUGGAUAUGGGGUCGUUCCUUUGAAGCCAACUUCAUCCCUGUAGGAGAUGUUUUUUCUCUCCAGCCAACAUACAGACACCUGGCCUUUAACAGUGAAGAGUGCAGUGGAGGCUCGACUCACAAGAGCACCGAGCAUCCGAGCACUGCUCUCAAAGCCGGGUCUGUGAAAGCUACCGUAAUUUUCGGACUACAAGUCGCUCCAGUCUAUACAUCGCACCAGUCAAAAAAAAGCGCAUCAUGAAGUUGAAAAACAUUUGUAUUAGUCACACUGGAAUAUAUAUAUUGGCAAAGGUGUCAGUUCAAAGGUCCCUCCACCCCACUUUUUUGUUUUGUCCCCACCACACAUAAAUCCCGUAAAGCCAUUGUAACCCCUGUUAAGUUCAGUAGUAUAAAAAAAUUCCAACAAUCCUGAACACAUCAUCCGCACUCAUCCAAAAUAUUAUUUAAGAACUUGUGAAAUGACUUCUCAUAGAUAUAAGUCGCACCUGAGUAUAAGUUGCAGGACCAAUGGAACUUUUUUUUUAAAAGAGUCUGACUUUAAGUCCGGAAAAUACGGUAAUGGUUUUGUAAAUCAGGACUUUGUUUGUACGUAUAUGUAUGUCCAGUGCCUCUGUAGGUUCUUAAGUCAACAGACUCUAUUCGCUGUAUUUAUCACUGAUCUGUCCGCUGCCACACACCUGUUAUUAGCAUCUUCAAAUACCUCUGGGCGAGUUCAAAGGUCAGCUUUAUCCCACUCCUACUGCGAAAACACACACUUAAGUAAAUGUUUAUAGUAUUCCAGAUAAUCUAUUUAAUUAUUUAUUGAUAUUUAAUGUGUAAAUGGAUGCAGACAUCACGCCGUUAAGUAUCUGCUUCAGUCACGACGGCAACACUCAGGGGGAGUCCUUCCGAAGGAGUAAACCUGAAACACUUUUCUUCUCACUUGUGCCAUGGUUGUUUGGUUAAUGUUCACUUGUCUACUCAACUAGCCAGUGCCUGAUCCAUCCUUGUAGCAGGAAGCCCAUCACGCUCGCUGCUGGAUUGUUUCUCUGUUGUUGGUGGGUAUGUAUUGGCUGACUGGCCAGUACUGACCCGUUCUGUCAAAGUUCAGUUCAAGCGUCAGAGCCAGUGUCCACUGUGUUCCUGCACAACAUGAGGCCUUGCUCGUGCUGUUGUGUUUUCAUUUUAUUACGGUGUGUAUGUCAUCACUCUGUUCGUAUCACAUAUGAUAGUACUAUUCUUUUAUUCACAACAGAAAGAGGCUGGCAGUUGGACACCAUCUCUGUGGUGGUGGUGCUGGACGGUGACCACCUUUUCAACCUCAUUGACUUCUGCAAACACUGUUACAGCAUCAGAUAGUCUCCAGCCUUUUCAAGCUGAACUUCACGUUUUAUGUCAAGUACGAGACAUUAGAUUAUUAUGCUCAGAGUAUAAACAUUUGCUCAGUAAUAACUACGCUGGUGAUGAGUUGUUAGAUGAUCACAAGGCUGAGUUGAGUGAGAAAGUAUCAAUUCGUGCUCAGAAGGGUUGUAACAGUGUUAACAUAUUUCUACAUCACAAUGCAACCUUUGCAAAAAGGUUGCAAAAACCUUUUUUAAGUAAACAGUCUAUUCUCACAGUCACCUGCAAAGCAAGUUGCAAGACAAGCACACAACAGUCAUGUUUGUACACACAGGACCAACACACAGCAAGCAAACAAGAACAACAAACACCCACCGCAUACACAAAAGAAGUUGUACGCAAGAUACAAACCUACAUUGAAAUGCACUUUCUAAUAUCAAAAAUAAGAAUUUAAAGCUGGAAAAAGUUUCUUAAUGAUUAAUAAAUGUUCCUUUUUGAACUGUUUUGAGUACGUGACAACAGUCAGUUCAUGACAGUGACUCGGCAUUAAAAACAAAUCUGUCAUUGUUAGCAGAAGCAUCACGGUGGAUGGCCAGUUCUCAGCCCCUCUGUAUACAGGAUUAGAGGCUCAUAUGCCUCUUUGAAAUACCUCAUGAGCACUCGAUGCUUCUCUUUGCCACAUGGAGCUCAGCUGUGUGCCGCCUGAAAACCGUGGGGCAUUAAGGCCGACAUCCAAAAGCUGCAGGUUUAAUUUGCACAUUAGUAGUUAAGACUCGUCCCACUGAGCUGAUCUCACUCUCAUAGUUUCUAAUUGUUAAAGCAAUAAGGUAAGGUGCACCUCGAGAGUGACUCAUGGUCGGCUGAGCAGCUUCACCACGCCGUCACGAAUAUUUCAGUCACCGAUCGAAGGGAUUUAUUGCAACAUGCUUGUCACAGUAGCACGCAGCUAAAACUGCUAAAUGAUAAUGUGUUUGAGUUCACAUUUCCUCUGGCACUUAAAACCGGUCUUGUACAGAUGCUGUACUUUGUGUAUAUUCAAGAUUUGCCCGCUAGCCUGUGUAUUUAAAAAAUAACACGCUGCAAAGUUAUUGCGUUUCCACAACUAUUUAACUCAAGAGUAUUUUGUCACUCUGGAGUAGGUUUCUAAUUCUUUGCUUUGUUUCGAGUGUCGGAAUGUUACUUAAAGGGAUUAAAAGGUUUGGAAACUUGAUCUGUGUCGGCUUGUUGUGUGAAGGAUCAGACAUGUGUCGUGGAGAAGGUCGUCCAUUUUAUUGUGAAAAUACAUUUUUCGGUACACAAAGGUGUUAACAAGGAAGUUAAAAGAAGCCAGUGCAUGAACAGUAUGUACAGUUAGAGGAGGAAGAAGAAGAAAGGAAAGAACAAAAGUAGUUAGUUAUUGCUCGGUAUCAUCAUCAUCAUCAUCAUCAUCAUUGCUGGCAGGAAGCUUCAACAGCUCUUCAAAGGAGUCCCUUUAGAAUGUGCUUGGGUCUUGCUGCUGG